AUGCUAAUAAGAAAUCUGAUCAUAGGAUUUAGCCUACUUUAACUAGUCAGUUUACAAGAGUAUGACUCAUAAGAUUGCUAUUAGUGCUCUAUUCAGCCCUGUGGUUGCAAACUAUUCAAAUGCUCUUAGGGGCCAAUCUAUCCAGAGGGAGUAGAAGAUCUAUCAAGAGGAUUUACUGGUUGCUAAGCUUUAAGUUAACCUUUUGUUAAUGCAGUAAUCAUUUAAAAACUCCAGGGCACAUGCCUCUGUCCUUAUGUUAACGUCGAUAAGAACUGCAAACCUAUUGGAGAUAAAAGAAUAAUGAUAGGAUCAGGUUUUGACUUAACAAUGAGCUCUUCAGAUAUCUUGGAUAAGUUAAAACCAUUUUAAGGGAUUAAAGAAAACCCUAUUAAAUUUAUCCAAGAAUCAAAAUCUUUGGAGCUGACAUUAAAUGAAGUAUAGACAUUUGAUCUUGUGUUAAUGGGAUCUGAGGUAUUGAAUAUGGGCAAAUACUACAAUAGCAACUAUUUUAAUGCUCCAUCAAUAUACGGUAAACUUAACCCAUAAAAGCCUAAUUUUGAGGAGCUUACUCGAGGUAUUCGCACAUUAUUCUACUCCUUCCAAAGAUAAUAUGGCAGUCCUAGCAACUAUCAAAGACUUUGGAAUUACGCUUUGAGAGCUAAUUAUUCUCAGAUAAUGAAAGAACUUGAAAGAGAAGCAGAGCAUUCUAAUAGGAAGCAUAUUGAGGCUUAAAUACUAAAGUAUUGCUUGGAAAAAUGCAGUGAAUCUAAUGCUGCAAAUAUCAUGUUUGUGAUUGAUGGAUCUUGGAGUAUUAAGAUAGAAAAUUAUAAUACUCAAAAGUAAUUUAUGGUGAACCUCCUCGAAUCGAUGAAGAUAGAAAAAGAUCAAUAAGAGGCAGCUCUUGUCCUUUUUUCUAAUCAGGUUGAGUUGAAGUCUGAUUUCUCAGGAGACAAAGUUAGUUUGAUAAAUACAGUAAGAUUAAUGCAUUAUCCAAAUAGUGAUACUCAGACUGAUCUAGCACUAGUUGAGUCAGCUAAGAUAUUUAAAGGGCAGAUAUAAAAACGGCCAAACGUUAUAAACUUAUUAUUUAUCCUGACAGAUGGAUAGCCAUCAGUUCCUAUUAAUUAAUAAAGUAUUGAUAAUCUAAAGGAGCUUAAUAUAAAAACAUUUGCUAUUGGAAUAGGUCCUGAUAUUAAAAAUGAGACCCUUGCAUAUCUUUCAGGCGAUAACGCAACAGAUUAUUCAAGAGUGUAUCAAGUUUCCUAGUUUGAUAAACUAAAGCAACUGCUAAAUUCAAUCAAUUAAUUAGCCUGUUCAACUCCAACAGAAAUAGACUUUUAAAUUAAUAAUCUUACUAAUAUUGUCCUGGAUGAUACAGGAGCCUAAUAUUUUGUCCUGCUAUAAAAGUAUGUUUACCUUAGAAUUGAUCUUAGUAAAUAUAUUGUGCAGAGUAAUACUAGUGGUGAUAGCUCAAAUCAAAAUGCUUAAAGCUAACUUCAAAACAAUGAGAAUGAAGUAGAACUUUAUUACUCAUUUACUGAGGAACUUCCUAACUAAUUUGUUAAUGAUGGAAAAGGUAAAAGAGUUGGGGAUAGUGUUGAAGCUGUAAUAGUAAAUAAUGCAACUAAUAAAACCUUCUUUGCAGUAAAAUAGACUAAAGAAAUGAAGUCUCAGGCUAAAUUGCAUGUUCAACCAUUAGUUUUCGAUCAUUGCUCUGUAAAUUGCGUCAGUUGCUUGAAUGAAAAUAUUUGCAAGACUUGCAGCGAAGGAUUUGUCUUGUUAAAUGAUAAAUGUGUAAAGCCUAGUAUAAAUGACAAUCCAUAUAUUGGUCCUAUUCUAGCUGGAGUAGUUUCUGUUGUAAGUCUUGGUGGUUAUUUCACUUUCGGACGUACAGCAGCUGUAUCCUAAAUUCAAUCAAAUUCUGACUAGCAUGAAAAAAAUGAUUGA